AAACACAGCCACUCACUAACAUUUACAUUCAUAAGCCAAACACUCGGCCAAACACUAACUUCUAGAAGAGAGAGAGGGAGAGAGUGACGCAGAGAUUAUAAGAAGGAAGUAAAAUUACAACAAGUACAACACUAACAAAUAUAAUAAACUAUAAACAACAAGAGCAAGAACAAGGAGCUGCAGGAAGCAAAACCAACAAACAAAUUUGGGACAACCCCUGCUGGCCAAAGUGCAUGGAAUUUUCAUGUGAUUUAGGAAGUGCGAACGUGGGCCGAAGCCAGAGAUAACAAAAUGCAGAAGGAAAAUAAUACAACAAUAGAAAAUUGCCAAUAUGUGGGCCCAUAUCGUCUGGAAAAAACACUCGGCAAAGGACAAACGGGUCUGGUCAAAUUGGGAGUUCAUUGUGUAACUGGGAAAAAAGUGGCCAUUAAAAUAAUAAAUCGUGAAAAAUUAAGUGAAUCUGUGUUAAUGAAGGUUGAACGUGAAAUAGCUAUUAUGAAAUUAAUUGAUCAUCCACAUGUACUCGGUCUAAGUGAUGUCUAUGAGAAUAAAAAAUAUUUAUAUUUAAUACUUGAACAUGUAUCGGGUGGUGAAUUGUUUGAUUAUUUGGUGAAAAAAGGACGUUUAACACCUAAAGAAGCACGCAAAUUUUUCCGCCAAAUAAUCUCAGCUUUAGACUUUUGCCACUCACAUUCAAUAUGUCAUCGAGAUUUGAAACCUGAAAAUUUAUUACUAGACGAAAAAAAUAAUAUAAAAAUUGCUGAUUUUGGUAUGGCCUCUUUGCAACCGGCUGGUUCGAUGUUGGAAACAUCAUGUGGCUCACCGCAUUAUGCCUGUCCAGAGGUUAUCAGGGGUGAAAAAUAUGAUGGACGUAAAGCGGAUGUUUGGUCUUGUGGUGUCAUCCUUUACGCACUUUUAGUCGGCGCUCUGCCGUUCGACGAUGACAAUUUACGACAACUAUUGGAAAAAGUCAAAAGGGGUGUGUUCCAUAUACCACACUUUGUGCCACCCGAUUGUCAAAGUCUGCUGCGUGGUAUGAUAGAAGUAAAUCCAGAACGUCGACUAACGUUGGCUGAAAUAAAUCGCCAUCCAUGGGUUACAGCUGGUGGUAAGGGUGAAUUGGAAUUGGAGCUACCCAUGAUGGAGGUGGUUCAGACGCAUGUUAUACCUGCUGCCUCGGCUGUGGAUCCUGAUGUUUUAAAUGCCAUUUGUUCCUUGGGUUGUUUUAAGGAAAAGGAAAAACUUAUACAAGAACUAUUGAGUUCAACACACAAUACCGAAAAAGUUAUAUAUUUUUUGUUAUUGGAUCGUAAACGCAGACGUCCAGCUUUAGAAGAUGAUGAAGAAAUCGCUCAAAAAUCUCGCAGUGAACUAGAGGCCGCCGAUCCUCCUCGAAAACGUUUAGAUACAUGCCGUAUUAAUGGUACAAACUCUACUAGUUAUGGCCAAAUAUCUGAAGGGUCUCCGCUGACGCCUAGAAGACAAGCUUUCAACUUCCGAUCCUAUAGUAGUACACGUAAUCACCAAAGACGUUCUCCUACAUCGGUUUCUACGAUGCGUUCUUCUUCAUAUCAUAGUCCAACACGAUGCAAUUCUCCGAUUAGUUCGGCCCAGCAACAGGCUAAUGUUUUGUCCAGACCUUCGUCGCCGGCCUCGUCGUCGGGUCAUUCGUCGCGCCACUCGACGUAUGGCGAUAGAGAGCGAUCAUCAUCGGUACAUCAUACUCCUAGCAGUCGGACCACGUCACACUCGUCGCAGGCCGGUGUUGAUGGUCACAGUAGUGGAAGUAGCAAUGAGGUUGUGUCUCGUGAGCUGCGAGAACGAAGAGAAUCACGCAACGAACGUUCAUCUACAGUACAAACUAGUUGUGUUCCCGGUAGUCCUGGUGGUAAUUCUGCAACAGUUCAUCAGAGGGCCAAUUCUGGACCCACAAUUGCCAUAAGUAUGUUUCACGAUCCGGAAGCCAAUAAUGUUAUGAAUCCUACAACAUCGCCUUUGAUGAAUAAUAGUACUGCUGCCAUUACCGGUUCGCCAUGCAAUGCUCCCGGUGGACAACUGUGGAAAACUAGACUUACCAACAUUAAGAAUAGUUUCUUAGGUAGUCCACGCUUUCAUCGAAGAAAACUUCAGGUUUCAGCUGAUGAGGUUCAUUUAACGCCUGAAUCGUCACCAGAACUGACCAAACGCUCAUGGUUUGGCAAUCUAAUCACAACAGAAAAAGAUGAAACCUUUACGAUUUUGGUUAAGGGAAAGCCCAUUGCCACAGUUAAGGCCCAUUUAAUUCAUGCAUUUUUGUCGAUGGCGGAAUUAUCGCACAGCGUGGUUUCUCCAUCGUCAUUUCGUGUUGAGUAUAAACGCAACGGCAAUGGACCGGUCAUGUUUCAGCGGCAUGUUAAAUUUCAGGUUGAUAUUAGUGCUAUUUGUAAACAGGGAGAUGUGGCGGACAUGUUAUUUGCUCUAACAUUUACACUAUUAUCGGGUAAUAUAAGACGAUUCCGUCGAAUUUGUGAACACAUACAAUCUCAGGUAUGUUCGAAACGUUUUCCGGGACCCAGUAGUCCGCCUACUGUACCAACCGUUACACAAGCAGUAUCAGAGAGUUCAUCGUGUGGCUCCGUAUCCAGUGAAAGAUUGUCCUACAAACGACAGCAAAUUGAAAACGAUACAGAAAAUGAUUCAAUAUUUACGUACAAAUCUGGCAAUAGUCGCCGUUCAUCGGCCACAAAUAACAAUAAUGCCAAUCCUAUCGAUAUACCUGGUAGUCCAAUAGCAGUUAGAUCCAAUUCCGAAUCAGCUGAACAGGAGCGGUCACGUGAUAUGCAGAGUGAACGUCAGGCGACAACAAUGUCCGGGAGUGCAAUAGCAUGAGAAUUAUUUCUCUGAUUUGGUUCAAGUUUUAUACAAAUUAUUUAAUUUCAACAAAUCUACCAACUUUUACUCCAGGUUUAAGUAUUUAAAAAAAAAAAAACACACACACAAAUUCUCUUUCACACACACCACACACACUCUUAUAAGUAAAAUUAAUAAAAUAAAAUAUAAAACAAAUUAAAACUGAAAACAACAAAUAAAUUCUUAACCAUUAAUAGUAUUCAAAUUUUUCCGAAACAAAAAAAAAAAAAACAAAAAAAUCUAAUCAAGAAAAACCAAAACUUAACACAAUUUAAGAAGCAAUAAAAACAAUUUAAUCAAAUUUUCUUAAGCCUAAAAAUAACAUACUAAAACAAGAAAAUCCAAAAACCAAGAAAUUGUGAAAAAAAACUAAAUGCAUUUAGAACAAUUUGUGUUUUAGAAAAACCAAAUAAUCAUCAUUCAUCUUUGAUGAGAAGAUAAAUUGCGUAAAAGCUACAAACUAAACCAAAUUGAAAACAAAAUAUUUUUUAUAAUAAAAUUUGCUUUUAAUUAAACUAGACGACAAAUUUCAUCUAAAUGCUUGUUAAAAUAAAAUAAAUAGUCAGUUCAACACACAAUAAUUAUUGCUUCAAUUCAAUGUCGAUACAUAAAAGAACGAACACUUGAUAAUUGUUUUUCAAUAUUUUUGGGUUUCUAUUUACUAUUAUGCAUUUUGAACUUUUUUGUUAAAUAUAUGACUUAAACAUUGUUGCCGCCGAGCCGAUAAAUAAAUACAUUAAAUAAGAUGAUGGAAAUGCUUAAAUAAACUACUGAAGAAGAGGCCACUUUAGGCCUCCUCC